AUGGUGUUCUUUGCUGCAGCAGACUCUCUGAGACUGAACUAUAGGGAGCCCGAGAGGAAGACCGCGAGGUAUGGAUUUAUCAACUCCUGCCUGAAGUCCCUUCUGGUAGAGAAAUUUGGUGAAGAAACAUGGGAAAAGCUCAAAACUCGGGUUGGAACUGAGGACACCUUUAUGACAUAUACAGUGUAUGACGAUUCUCUGACUGUGAAAUUGCUCAAAGAAGCCUGCAACAUGCUAAAAAUGCCAGAGGAGGCAGUGUUAAAGCUUUUUGGGCAACACUUUUUUAAUUUCUGCAAAGCAUCAGGAUAUGAUAAAAUGCUACGGACACUAGGAGGAAAUUUGAUGGAGUUUAUUGAGAAUCUUGACUCCUUACAUAGCUACCUUGCUUUGUCCUACCAGGAAAUGAAUGCACCAUCAUUUCGAGUGGAAAGGAAAGAUGGCAUAAUGCUCCUCCACUAUUAUUCAGACAGGAAAGGCUUGUGUCACAUUGUCCCAGGAAUUAUUGAAGCUGUAGCCAGAGAUUUCUUUGACUGUGAAGUGUCCCUGGAAAUCCUUGAACAAAAUAUAGAAGAGGAGCGCACUGGGAAGAAGGAGCAUGUGGUGUUUUUUAUUUUACAAACAAAUGAAAUAGUGAAGCACAACAUCAAGGAACAAGCAAUUUCUGUGUGUGAAGAUGGGUCUCAGGAGGACAAAGAGCAACAAGAUGCGGUUUUUCAAAAAGGAAGGGGGAAAAUUGCUGAACGGGAGGUCUCCUGUGAUGUUUUGAGACAUACAGCCAAUUCUAGAGCGGGAAACCUUUUACAUACCUUUGAACCAUUGUUCCCUGAGUGGCUUUGGCUGGAUGAGAGAACCUUCUGCCAUGCAUUUCCUUUCCACCUCGUGUUCGAUGAAACACUGAAAAUCAAACAGGCCGGUGUAAACAUUCAGAAAUUUGUACCCGGAUUGCAAAUAAAUGGAACCAGAUUAGAUGAAUAUUUUUCUAUUAUUCAUCCCCAAGUCACGUUUGCUAUUUCCAGCAUGAAAAAGUUUAUCAACAGUCAGUUUGUUCUCAAGAUAAGGAGAGAAAUUAUGCCCAAUUCAUUGAAGAAACGGCCUGCGCUGAAGCUCAGAGGACAAAUGAUCUGGAUGGAUUGCAACCGUAGCAUGAUCUACUUGUGCUCACCAAAGCUCCGCAGUUUAGAUGAGUUAGAAGAACAAGAGAUGCACCUUUCUGACAUCGCCCAACAUGACCCAACAAGAGACCUCAUCCUUUUCAACCAGCAGCGGCUGGCAGAGAUAGAGCUAUCGAACCAACUAGAGAGAAAAAAGGAAGAGCUCAGGAUUCUCUCUAAGAACCUAGAAAUAGAGAAGAAGAAAUCAGAAACUUUACUCUAUGCCAUGUUACCAAAACAUGUUGCUAAUCAGCUGAAGGAAGGCAAAAAGGUCGAAGCAGGAGAUUUUAGCUGCUGCACAAUACUUUUCAGUGAUGUAGUGACUUUCACAAACAUCUGUUCUGUCUGUGAACCUAUUCAGAUCGUGAACAUGCUUAAUUUAAUGUAUUCCAAGUUUGAUCGACUGACUAACAUCCAUGGAGUUUAUAAAGUGGAAACCAUUGGUGAUGCCUACAUGGUUGUAGGAGGAGUUCCAGUCCCAAUUGCCAGUCAUGGUGAAAGGGUGGCUAAUUUUGCCCUUGGCAUGAGAAUUGCUGCAAGAGAAGUUAUGAACCCUAUUACCACUAGACCUAUACAGAUUAGAAUUGGGAUACACACUGGACCAGUGCUAGCUGGUGUAGUUGGGGAAAAAAUGCCCAGAUACUGUUUAUUCGGUGAUACCGUCAAUACGGCUUCCAGGAUGGAAAGCCAUGGAUUACCGGACAAAAUCCAUAUCAGCUCCACAACAUUCAAAGCACUUCCUCCUCAAGUGUUUGAGACAGCGGAAAGGGGAACCAUAGAGGUGAAAGGCAAAGGGAAAAUGACAACCUAUUUUCUGAAACAAAAUCUCAGUGCUACUGAGGAUGAAAUAAUGGGACGGGUUGAAGAGACUUUUAGGAAUGUUCAUAGCAAUGGUAACCUAUUAGAAGCUGAAAGUUGUCAUGGAGAACAAUCACAAGAGGAAAAAGAAUCAUUAUUUUCAAAACAUCUUGGUGACAAUCACACACCUUCAGCAUUUUGCAUUCUCUUUUAGAAAAGUUCAGCCAUUACACUGUGGGCAUUCUGUGGGCUCUUAUAAUUUUCUCAUCUUACUCAGAAUCCAAACUGAUACUUUGGUACUUGACCCCAGAUAGACUAGCAAAAAUCUAAUAAAUAUUCUAAUAAAUGCUGGAAAUGUAGUCAAAAUCCAGGUUUAUUUUAUCAUAUGUGGUGGUCUUUGCAAAUAUGUGAAAACAUACUGGAUAAACAUAACGAUGACAAUGCAGAAAUAUUUAAGAUACAAAUAUUAAUGAAAUCUGAAGCUUUUCUUUUGGGUAUGGACAAGCCAAUUGAAAAAUUUGGGGUGCUAUUCCUUCACAUGGCAAGGGCUAUGAGGAUUAUACUUGCCAAACACUGGAAAGAAAAAGGGAUGCCGACUGUUGAAGAAUGGAUUUUGAAAUUGACUGAAUUAUCGGAGAUGGUGGAAUUAACUGCUUUGCUUAGAGAUAAUGGCUAGACAGCUUUAUAAGAGACUGGAAACCAUUUGUGGACUUUCUACGCGCUAAAUACAAUAACAGAUGGUUAAUAGGAGUUUAAGAUUUAGAGUAAUGUUUAACUUAAUCUGUUGACUUUUUUUCCCUCUUCUUUUACAUAUAUAUAUUUGUAAAAGGAACGAAUUUACUGCUUUUCUUUUCAGCACCCAGCCAAGGUGGAUCCUACAUGUUAAAUUUAUUUGAUCAAUUUUUCCUUCUUUUUUUGGUACACUAUUUUUUCUUUUUUCGUUGUUGCUAGUGUUGGAUGUAUGCUUUGUUUUGUUUGUUUUGUUUUCUAGUUUACUUUUUAAGAUAAACAAUACAUAUUUUUAAAAAGUGGUUUAUAUAAAGGGAAGCUUCAUUUUUCCUGCCUUUGAGCAUACAUGCAGCUGCAAAAGAUGGGAGAAACCAAGAGUCUGCUAAUAUUACCUUAUUCUGUUGCUGGGAGGACUUAACAAUGUAGUGGCUGUUGGGAGAGGGAGGUUAUACUCUAUUGUAAGUAAUACAAUGAGGAAGGACAUCUGGUCUUACUGUUUAUCUACUUCAGGGAACAGAAAAGUCUUUCUCUUUGGUGCUCCUCAGAAAUUGCAAACUGAAUUUCCAAUUCUGGGGACAGAAUGGAAAUUUUGGAAAUAUAUGUAAACGGAUUUUGGAAACCCCCUCCUAUUUUUGCUCUUCAUAAAUUAACCAGGGUUGUCAUAGAAGACUUCAGAAAACAACACACUAUCUGUUUGGUCAUAAUAUAAAGGCCAAAGAUAACAUUUAAAUCAUUUCCCAUUGUGUUAAAGGACAUAGAAACUGGGUUCACGUAC